AUGAAUAUUACAUCGCAGCUAUCGCAUUACAUAUGUAAGGCGUGUAAACGCAGUAUAACGCACAAACUAGCCGUUAACCUAAUCGCAGAAAGGAUAUACCAACCGAGUGUUGAAAAACAUAAUGCACAUGAUAAUGGCAACAAUAAGGAUAGUGGAAACCCCUCAGAAACGCACAUAGAAGAGAAACAUCGUGCGACAUUGCAGCAACAACUGUACGGACCCGUCACUCCAUGGAUGAUCAAGCAAAGUGAUAUUCCAUUACAUAACAACUUUGCCAAAAUGGCAACGAUGUUGAAUAGAGGAAGGUGCCCAUGCCCUUAUUGCAACUCUAAGGGUACCUGGGUAAAUGGUAAAGAAGCAGGUUGUCGCUGAAUUUCAUCAC